CCUUACUGUUGUGCAAGAAGAAGCAGCCAGGCAGAGAGAAAGUGCCAUAAACCCUUUAGCCCCGUAUCGAAAUCAAUCUAUAACAUAUAGCCACUGAUCACAACAAGCAUUAGUUUAGUCUCUAUCGGCAGAAGUAAAGAUAAAGUCAUCAUGGCAGCACCUAAAUCCGGAAAAGCAGCUUCAGCGGCCAAAGAACAAAGCGGAGCAGUGAAGGGGUAUCUAUUUAUUUACAAUGCGGCACAGGUGGUUGGCUGGAGUUAUAUACUGUAUCAAUUGGUCAAUUACUAUUUGCUCCAAGGUCCGGAAUUCAGAAAUAGCAUUACAUUGUGGGACUAUACCCGUGUGUCUGUGAUCAUUUUCCAAAAUGCUGCUUUUGUGGAAAUUUUAAAUGCUGCCUUUGGUUUGGUGAAAUCGAACCCCGUCCUAACGCUGUUCCAGGUAUUCAGUCGUAUGAUGGUUGUUGUUGGUGUUGUUAUGGCCACGCCUACUGCUAAGGUAUCACCUGGCCUGCCCAUUGCCCUGUUUGCAUGGUCCGUUACGGAGAUAAUCAGAUACGGUUACUAUGCUCUGAAUAUUGUCAAGUUUGUGCCGCACAUUUUGGUAUUCCUGCGCUACACCACCUUCAUUGCCCUCUAUCCUAUUGGUGUGACUGGUGAGUUGUUGUGUUUCUGGUGGGCUCAAAGUUAUGCCAAAUCGAAUACCGUGUGGUCCAUUGAAAUGCCAAAUAUUUACAAUAUGACAUUCUCCUACUUUGCCCUGUUGUGGAUUGUGAUGUUGGGCUACAUUCCUCUGUUCCCACAACUCUAUUUGCAUAUGUUUGCCCAACGCCGUAAGAUGCUCGGAGGAGGUGAUAGUAAAAAAGCUGCUGCCAAAAAGACACACUAAAUUGAGUGCAUUUUUCCAUAUUUGAAAAAAAAUUUACGGGAAUAGAGGUUGUCGAAAUUUGAAUGAGAGUUAAGCUAGCUAGCCGUGACAUCGUGACACACAUACAUACAUGUUGAAAAAAAUAUUAUUUCAAAACCUGUUUAACAAAAACUGAUCAUCAACCUUCAUAAAUGGAAAUUGACCUUUGAAUUUGCGAAAUGCAUUUGAAUGAACAGACAAAAAGAGGUGAUAUUCGACUUCUUUUAGUUCACUUUCACGCACACACAUAUUGCCGCACACAUUCGUUUCAUUUUGUGUCUUCAUAAUUAUACAAUGGAAAAAGUAAAUUAUUGAAAUUUCGUUAGUCGAUCAAACGAAGAGACGGUCAUUUUCGUUUUUCUUGCUUAUAUGGUAUACCUUACUAGCCACUUUUGUUUUGUUGUGUGUCUUAAUUUGAAUUUAGUAAAUAUUUUGCCUCUCUUAUCCAUAUGUAUUAGCUACAUAUUUAUGUAUAUAAAGACGAUCUUUUAACCUGUAACAUUUCCAUUUAGGCUUGUCAUUAUUUUUGUAUUGUUUUAAGAUACAUAAGUUAAGAAAUAUUUAAUGGUACAACGGACAUUAUUGUAUAAAAUAAACGAAACAUUUUCACAUAUCCAAAAUGAAAAUGAAAGCCAAAAAAAUGCCCAAUUGUUUCAAUUAGCUUAUCUUGUU